CCGGACGAACGAAAUUGGAACCUUGUCAACAUUCUCCGCGACAGUGGGCGAAGAAAAACUCAACGCGGCCAGAGGAAAGGGCAGGGCAGGCCAGAGCAGGCCACUACGUGACAAUUAUCGCUGUGAUUCUGUAUAGCUCCGCCUGCCUGCCAUGCCAUGCCAUGCUCGAUAUGACAUUCGUCCGCGCGAUCCUCAGCCCUCCUCCUGAUGGCAACGAGCUCUACUUAAAUUCACCCGCGGACCCUCCUCCUCUCCACCCCUCGCGUCUCUCAUGGAGCCGAUGGAGAAAAAAAAUGGCCCAAAAUUGCUCGUCCUAUGGCUCCCGCAGAUCUGGACCAUCUUUCCAGGAGGUGUAUCCUAGCGGGGCUCAAGAUCCCACGAAGAACAUCGGCCUCUUCUCGAAGGUGCUGCAAUAAUUAUUAUGUUUGUUUAUGAUUUUUGCGGCCGAUCGCUCGUCAUGAUUCUUGGGCUGGAGUCCGAAGACGGGUUUGCUGACCAUUCCAUCCCCUCCUCCUCCAUCAGUGGGAUGAGAUCCGGCGAGUGCGUACCAUGUCCAUCAUCAAUCGGAGACCACUGCAAUUCUCGGUCUACAUGAGGCCUGCGUCCUCGGGACGUCUUCUUUCCGCACAAGAGGCCGAGUGAAAUUCCAGGACAAAAAAUCUGGCAAAGGUCUGUCAUGUACAUGCUCCGAAAGGCUUCUUCAUCUUCUUCUUCUUUUCUUCGUCGUCGUUGUUGUUGGAGGAGGAUCGCGAUGGGAAAUUCGGCAUCUGUGUCUGCCUCGGUCUCGGCAGUGGCGAAGGUUUUAGUCUCAGCGGUGUCACGAGCCGGCGAAGGCGACGCCAGGGUGCGACAUCAUGCGCUCGACGCUGCCCACGUGAACCAAGUGCUCGGCAAAUCUGGUCACGACAAAGUGUCCCAUACCAUCCCGCCUGGCGGCGGAUGCCCGCCCUCCCCCGCAGCCGUCGUGCCCCGCGAUCUCAACGAUGCACGCAGCGAGCAGGACUUCGACAAAUCUCCUCUUGCUGCUGCUACAUCCGAUUCCGAGGGUCCGGCUUUCCACGCUUAUACGAGAAAUUUGAAGGAGAGCACGGAGCUUGUCAAGGAUUCCGUAUACGAGCUGGUGAGGGAGAAUCGGCCUGAUGUGGAGUUCGUGUUCUUCCAUGGCCUCCAGCCGGACAAUGCGAACAUCGCGCACGCAUUUUGGAGAACGUGGAAAUCGAGACACAGCGAAGAGUGUUGGCUCGUAGAUUUGCUCCCGAAGCUUUUGAAUGGGACGAGGAGGGAAAUCAAGCCCCGGGUUUUAUCGGUCUCGUACGAGAACUCUUCGCAGCUGCCGCACUGGGGGUUCACGACAUCUCCAAUCGAUCAGUUCAGCACGCCCAAGAGUCUGAUGCUGGAUCUGUUCGGCAACGAGGACACGGCUGUGGGGCAGAGGUUCCUCGUCCCGGUGGUGCUGGUGGGGCAUGAUCUGGGAGGGAUCUUGAUCAAGUCGUUGCUGAUGAAAAUCAAGAAGACUCAGGCUGAUCGAAAGGCUUCGCCCAAGGUGUUGAGAAAUCUGGACAGGUUCCAUAGGAAUUUGAGUGCUUUGGUCUUCUUUGCCACUCCUGAAUCCGGGUACUCGAAACUCGACGACAAGAUACCUGCGAGAUUUAACAAUCCGUCCAUGCGGUUCCUCCGGGUCUUGAAUCGGGAGGCCGCCAGAGUGAACGCAGAGUUCAAUAUGGCGAAGUUCCAAAUUCCCACGCUACGAAUUUACGAGUCUGCCGAGACUAAUCAGGGGAAGUAUGUCAAUGAGCUUGUGAUUCCCAGAAACUUCGGUACCCCAGAGCGAUACAACCACUACACAGCGCCAUGCGAGGAUCACUUCCAAGUGUGUCAGCCGACUGGAGCAGACUCUACAACAGCUCGGAGGUUCGCACAGUUCGUCGUGGACCUAGUGGAGGAGUUGCGUGAGGACGAGGACUUCGCGUGAGACGAACAUGAAAUCAAACCGGCUCGUAGAACGACUGCAGCCCGAGGGACUUGCAGUGCAGUGCAGGCAGAGUAGAAGACGGGAGCACUUUCCAGCUUGAAAGACGACAGCAGUCAUGUACAAACUGAGGCAUGGAGAAAUAUUGUCUUGCAGUUUUGAGCACUUGUACCAUAGGAGAGUCUCACCCAGCUCACACUGGCUCCGCUGGUCUGGGCAAAGAUCAGGUUCUUAGUUUUGUUGCACAUACGUGUAGGAGUGGAUCUGCGGUGCCUGGACGAUCAUAUAUAGAAAACAUAAUUAAAUACCUCGUUCAGUGCCUUCAUGUAUAAUAGUUCUAAUUUUGUAGGACUUUCACAGGCUCUUAGAGAUAAUGUAAAUCAGACCUCGAGAACGUGAGUACUUUCUUAUAGCUAGGUCGGAGUUUCCAACGGAUGCAAUGAGAUUCACUGAUUAGAUCUGGGAACUUCUCGGCAGUAGACCAACGACUGAGAAUGUUCUCAGAAUAUAGCUCUGUAUAGAAUAGACUAAAAUCAGAUGUCCAUCAGAACUGCAGCCCUGCGCGACUAGAUGCGGAACGCGGUGCUCUGCGCAUCCGCUGAAAUGUGGCUCGACUACACGGUCGCGAACCAAGCCCUCUCUAAUUAGAAAAUAUGACAGCUUCGUCACCAGAUCGCAUCAUUUCAUGCGCUUCUUUUGUCCACCGUGCGUGCCUCUGAAUUGCAUUGGUCUCGAGAAUU